AUGUCUCAGGCUGCAAAGGCCGCCACGGCCUCAGCCACCACGGCGGUGAACCCAGCAUCUGAUGGCAAGGGAAAGGGGACCUCACCCACCGCACCAGCCUCAGGCCCCGGUCCUGCCCUGGCCCCGGCAUCUGCGCCCACACCCAGUGCCAAAGCAGGGGACCUGCCUCCUGGGAGCUACCGGGGCUUGGCCUUUCCAGUUUGGAGGUACUCCUCUCUACUCACUCUCCUCCUCGGCGUGGGGACUUCUCUCCUGCAGCUGGUGGUCUUCGAGCAGGAAAACUUCCAGGGCCGUCGGAUGGAAUUCUCGGGGGAGUGCCCGAACCUGGGAGACCGUGGCUUUGACCGAGUGCGCAGCCUCAUUGUCACCUCGGGGCCCUGGGUCGCCUUUGAGCAGUCCAACUUCCGCGGGGAAAUGUUCGUCCUGGAGAAGGGAGAGUACCCGCGCUGGGACACGUGGUCGAGCAGCUACCGCAGUGACCGGCUCAUGUCCUUCCGGCCUGUCAAGAUGGACUCCCAGGAGCACAAGAUCUGCCUAUUUGAAGGUGCCAACUUCAAGGGCAACACCAUGGAGAUCCAGGAGGAUGACGUGCCCAGUCUCUGGGCCCAUGGCUUCUGUGACCGCGUGGGCAGCGUGAAGGUCUCCAGUGGAACCUGGGUCGGCUAUCAGUAUCCUGGCUACCGCGGGUACCAGUACCUCCUGGAGCCUGGCGACUUCCGGCACUGGAAUGAGUGGGGGUCCUUCCAGCCACAGAUGCAGUCCGUGCGCCGCCUGCGUGACAGGCAGUGGCACCGCGAGGGCUGCUUCCCUGUCCUGGCCACUGAAGUCCCCAAGUGAGUCGACGCUCCAUUGCACACCCUUGCCGCACCCCAUCCUCAGCCUCAGUUUCCCCAUCUUUCCCAUGCAAAUAAAAGUUC